AUGGAUAUCGCGAACAGACUGGCGAGCAUUCAACAAGAAAUACAAACCGUGGAAAACGAAAAGCUCCAAUGUGAGCAAAUGCUUGGUCUGUUCUGGGAGCAUCCGCCUGCUCUCGAUCCGGAGGUCGUGGGCAGAAGGAUGCAACUUUUACGGGACCGCAUUCGCGGUCUGAAACACAGGAUUUCUUUUCUCCUGAAGGAGCAGGAAGGCCUAAUAAUACAGGCUGUCACCCACGGUCGCCGGGGAGACUAG